GAUUGCAACUGGUUUGUGCUGCUUUCAUAUUUGCUGGAGGCUGAAUUACCUGAAUCACAGGUAGACAAAGAUACAGCCAAACCUCUAUUAUAACCGGCCUCCAGUCGCAGUAACGGAACGAGACAAUAUGAAAACCACAGGAACUUUGCUUUACCUGGUGUGCGUCUCUCAAAACUGUGGGAAAUGUUUCAUACCCAAACAUAAUUUUUCAAGUUUGUUUUGUAGCAAUUGCGACUAGCUUUUUAGACAAAUUACCCCAAUUUACUUCUCCAUUUUAUAGCCGGCGCUUUCCUAAAAAUAGUCGAAAAAUGCUAGAAAUCCGAUUUCUUUUAAUGAACUAAGUUCACGUGAAAUAGUCUUUCGGGAGUUUCGACAAAUGCGGACCUCUGAUAUAAACGUAGAUCCGUGAUUUAAACGAAGCAGCGGGAGAAAAACCUCUGGUAUCGAUUGCUUCCUUUGACAGUAACGUCUUACCUCUUGUAGGAGUAUUUUAUGUAAACCACCACUGCUUGGCACUAAGAAGGUUAGGAGGGUAAUGUAGUGCCGCAAACAUUAACAAGUCUUACUGAGAGCAUGCGUUUAUAGUCAAAAACGUAAAACAAACGAAUUACCAGUAUGUUCACCAAUAUUACAUAUACGCCUUCUAUGGUUGGUACACUUCUUGCUACAAUUGCUACUCUUGCUCAUCUUGCUACACUUGCCAUACCUGUUACGGUUGCUACACUUGCUGCAAUUGCUACGUUCGCUUCGAUUGGUACACUUGCUACACUUGCUACGUUUGCUUUGCUUGCGUCACUUCCUAGUUUGCAAAGUUUGCUUGCUACAUUUGCUACCUGCGCAUGCUACACUCGUUACUCUUGCUACGCUUUCAACGCUUGCUACAGUACAUUUGCUAUACUUACUACCCUUGCUACAUUUGCUUGCUACACUUCUUGCCCUUGCUAUGUUGGCUCCGCUUGC